UGAGGCCACUGUUUUUCCACAUUCAAGUUUUCAACCUACCACUAAUUUUUCUGUGGCCCAUUUUCUCACUCUUAAAUCAUAAUCAUUUAUUUGCUCAUAACCCAAAAUUUGUAGUUUCCGUGCUCAAAUUUUCAGCUGAAACAAGUUGCACCAAGGAAAUUGCAGCUAAAUUAAUGGCGAAUAUGGCUUUCAAGACCUCAACCUACUCCUCUUAUGGCCGCUUACCUUCCUUUCUCUCUCCUCCUCAGUUGACUACUACAUAUGUCUCCACUUGGUCCAAGAAACUCUACUACCACCCCCGUCGCGUAAUUGUUUUUUCACAGUACUCACAGACACAAGAUCUUCUUACAUCACGUCUCCAGGAACGUAUCCAAAACCUUCCUAGGCUGCUUGAGGAUAUAGUCCAGACAUCCAUAAAUACUGGUCCUCGUGGAGCCUUAAGACUAGCUCAAGGAGUACAAGCAGUUGUUGGGGUUGGUAGUGAGUGGCUAACUGAUGUGUCAAAGUGGACAAAUACAUCAGCUGGUUUACCUCCUGAAUUACAGUUGGGAUUGCUUUCUCCCUUCUACCUGAGGAAAUUGUUUGAACGCCUAGGGGCAACCUAUAUCAAAUUGGGUCAGUUCGUAGCAUCUGCGCCAACACUUUUUCCUCAAGAGUAUGUUGAGGAGUUCCAGAAGUGUUUUGAUCAAGCCCCUGCAAUCCCUUAUGAAGAAAUCAAAGCAAUCCUGAGCGAAGAACUAAAGAGGCCGAUUGAUAGUGUCUAUGAAUAUAUUGAUCCAACACCCCUUGCGUCAGCCUCAAUUGCACAGGUUCAUGGUGCCAGGCUAAAAGGCUCUCAAGAGGAUGUGGUCAUAAAGGUUUUGAAACCUGGGAUAGAAGAUAUAUUAGUAGCUGAUCUAAAUUUUGUCUACGUUGUGGCUCGCAUUUUCGAGUUUUUAAGCCCUGAAUUCAGCCGCACAUCUCUGGUUGGUAUUGUCAAAGAUAUUAGAGAAUCAAUGCUUGAAGAAGUUGACUUCAGUAAGGAGGCUGCAAAUAUUGAGGCCUUUAGAAGGUACUUGGACACUAUGGGACUCACUAGGCAGGCUACAGCCCCAAAAGUAUACUACCAUUGUAGCACAAAGCGAGUUCUGACAAUGGAGAGGCUUUAUGGAGUUCCUCUUACCGACCUAGACUCUAUAAGUUCCCUUGUUCCUAGUCCUGAGACGAGUCUAAUAACUGCCCUUAAUGUCUGGUUUGGCAGUUUGCUUGCAUGUGAAUCAUUUCAUGCGGAUGUACAUGCUGGUAAUCUGUGGCUGUUACGUGAGGGCCGUAUUGGGUUUCUUGAUUUUGGUAUUGUUGGACGUAUAUCUCCGAAGACGUGGGGUGCCAUGGAAGUAUUUCUUCAAUCUAUAGGAACAGAAGAAUAUGAAACAAUGGCAUCAGCCUUGAUUGAAAUGGGUGCGACAAACCAAAAUGUGGAUACCAAGGCCUUUGCUAGAGAUCUGGAAAAGAUAUUUUCCACUAUACAGGAUUUAGAUACAGAAAUCGUCGUUGCGACAGCAAGGGGGCCAAGCACAAAUGCAACUGCUGUUUCUGCUAAUGUACUAGUUGACGAGAGGCAGAUGAAUGCACUAUUUCUUGACCUGGUACGGGUGAGUGAGUCGUAUGGACUAAAAUUCCCUCGGGAAUUCGCCCUUCUGCUGAAGCAGCUUCUGUAUUUCGAUCGAUACACUCGUUUGCUGGCUCCCAAUAUGAACAUGCUACGAGACCAGCGAGUCACUAUUGUCUCAAAUCCAGGAGCUAGCAGCAAUAUAGGAAGAUUCCAAUAGGAAGUAUGUACUAUUUUAUACAGCACUUCCCGUAAUCGUAUAUUCCUUGGAUAUUAUCUUCUAACCCACUCGAACUCGAGCAGCUUUUCUACGGGUGGUUUGAUAAAAGAGAUAUGUAUAGUAGUAUAUCAGCGAGGCAAUGAUCUAGUCUGUAACAAUCCAAAUGAGAAAGUCAGUUGUAAUGUACAUAUACAGAAGGAGUUGCAGGCAUGUAUAGCAACAAUACUAGUAUAUAUCUGUUGACUGUUGUGUUGUAAACCUUUCAAGUUCUGAAUUACAGACUGUUUUUAUAUAGAAACUAAUAUAGACCUUCAGUUAUAAACUA